AAAAAAACAAAACCAAUUGAAAUUUAAUCAGUGCUAAUUUAAGGAAUAUCUUAAAUUUCAAAAUAAUGUUAAUAAAUUGGAGGAGUGGAUAUCAAAUAAUAUUAUUUCUGUGAAUAGAAUGAUUUUUGUGUAUAUUUGUGUAAAAGAAUAACUGUGUGUUAAAUAUUUUGAAAAAAUGUUCGAUAAGAACAUGGAUGCGGCUUUAUCGUCGCCAUUAAAUGGCGACUUGGAUUCAACCAGUUCCGGUGGUACAGCAUCCGAUUCGACAAUCAAUCAGGAUUUAAUGUCUCCUUCGUCAUAUGGAUCGAUUUUUCUCCCAAAUUCAGGCUACCGGGGCAAUAUUUCCUGUAAAACUGUCCUCCACUUGGAAAAAUUCUCACCCUACUCAACGGACAAAGAAAUCGAACGAAGGUUUCAUGAUAUUACAAAUGAUUUUGACAAAUCACCUCCGGGUUCUUAUCCCAAUUUGAAUGCAAUUUUCGAAGCAACUGGAGAUUUAAAUGGAAAUACAACUUCAUCGUUGGUAAAAAAUUCAAUUUCGGGUGGAGAAUUACACCAAAAUGGUAGGACAAAUGGACAAUUUAUUGGUGGACUUGGGAAUGGAGCAACGAACUUUGAUGUUGGAAGAAAAUGCCUGCCUUUUAGUUCGGAUCAGAUCCAAUGUAUGUGUGAAGCUUUACAACAACGAGGUGAUAUUGAAAAAUUAGCCACAUUCCUAUGGAGUCUUCCGCCCAGUGAAUUAUUCAAAACCAAUGAAAGUAUACUCAGAGCCCGCGCAAUAGUCUCAUAUCACAGAGCCCUCUAUCAUGAACUAUACAACCUACUCGAAUCACAUUGUUUUUCCCCCAAAUAUCAUCCGGAGUUACAGAAUCUAUGGUUCAAGGCACAUUAUAAGGAAGCUGAAAAGGUAAGAGGAAGACCAUUGGGAGCGGUGGAUAAAUAUAGACUUCGGAAGAAAUACCCGCUGCCAAAGACAAUUUGGGAUGGUGAGGAAACGGUUUAUUGUUUUAAAGAAAAAAGUCGAAAUGCAUUGAAAGAUUGCUAUUUGACAAAUCGUUAUCCCACACCUGAUGAGAAAAAGACUUUGGCCAAAAAGACUGGAUUGACAUUGACACAAGUGUCAAAUUGGUUUAAGAAUCGAAGGCAGAGGGAUCGGACGCCGCAACAGAGAACUGACAUCAUGUCAGUGCUGCCUGUUAAUCAAUUAGAUGCAUCUGGUUUUCCAAGAAUGUUUAAUGCUCCAAGUUAUUAUCCAGAAUCAAUAUUUAAUGGACAAUGAAUUUGUUAGAAUUAAGACUUCCAAAAAAAGCCUAAAAGUCUUUUCAAAAUCAAAAUAUUAAAUAUUAUUAA